UGAGGACAGACAGCUCCAGCACCACAGGAAUCCCAAGGACAGAGCCUGGGCCCAGGUCAGCUUCCGAACCUCGUGGCAGGCCGGUGGCACCAGGAAUGGUGGCAGCAGGAGGAACAGCCUUGCCCAUCGGUGCUGUGACCCCCGAGAUGGGGACAGACUCCUCUGUAGCCGGACCAGAGACAGCAACAGCAACCUCGGCACACUCAGAAACAGCCCCUGUAGGUGACUGCCUGGUCACCAGCUCGAUGGGACUGACUACAUCAGAAGUGGUGGCAGCACCGCGACUGGAGCUGGCAACUGAAUUAGCUGACUUGGCCCUCUCAGGAACACCUGUGUCUGUGACAGAAGAGAAUACAACUCUUGUGCCUAUUGUAACAGCUUCUGGUGCAAUGACAGCCAAACCGCCUGUUGCACCUAGACCAGGAAUGGUGGUAGCUUCAGGAACAACUGGACCAGCUACCGUUGUAACAGCAGGACUGACAACAGAUGGGCUAGCUGCUACAGGUGACACAGGUGUAGCAGUGGCAAUGGCAGGCCCAGCCAUUGCAAUGCCAUCGGGGACAGGAACAGAGUCUUCUGCAGUCUCCGAGACUCCAGUAGCCACAGUAACUGUGACCCCAGCCCCUGAGCCAACUGAAGGUUCCCAGGACUUGGGCUCCAUGUCUAGCUUAGGUCCUGGAAUUCAAGGACCUCGUGGACAGGCCCCAGACAGCCUAAGCUACCUAGACUCUGUGAGCCUCAUGUCAGGUACCUUAGAGUCCUUGGCAGAUGAUGUGAGCUCCAUGGGCUCAGACUCUGAAAUCAACGGGCUUGCCCUUCGAAAGACAGACAAGUAUGGAUUCCUGGGGGGCAGCCAGUACUCUGGAAGCCUGGAAAGCUCUGUCCCUGUUGAUGUGGCCCGUCAGCGGGAACUAAAGUGGCUGGACAUGUUCAGUAACUGGGAUAAGUGGUUAUCUCGUCGAUUUCAGAAGGUGAAGUUGCGAUGCCGGAAGGGCAUCCCCUCGUCCCUUAGAGCCAAAGCCUGGCAGUUCCUGUCCAACAGCAAGGAACUCCUAGAUCAGAACCCUGGUAAAUUUGAGGAGCUGGAGCGGGCACCUGGAGACCCUAAGUGGCUGGAUGUGAUUGAGAAAGACUUGCAUCGACAAUUCCCCUUUCAUGAGAUGUUUGCUGCCCGAGGGGGUCAUGGGCAGCAAGACCUAUAUCGAAUCUUGAAGGCCUACACCAUCUAUCGGCCUGAUGAGGGUUACUGCCAAGCCCAGGCCCCUGUGGCAGCUGUGCUGCUCAUGCAUAUGCCUGCUGAGCAAGCUUUCUGGUGCUUGGUACAGAUAUGUGACAAAUACCUUCCUGGCUACUACAGUGCUGGGCUGGAGGCCAUCCAGCUGGAUGGAGAGAUCUUCUUUGCCCUUCUUCGGCGGGCUUCCCCUUUAGCUCAUCGACACCUUCGGCGUCAGCGCAUUGACCCUGUACUUUACAUGACUGAGUGGUUCAUGUGCAUCUUUGCUCGCACUCUGCCUUGGGCCUCAGUUCUCCGGGUCUGGGAUAUGUUCUUCUGUGAAGGAGUCAAGAUUAUCUUCAGGGUGGCUCUGGUGCUUCUGCGGCAUACCCUGGGCUCUGUAGAGAAGCUUCGGUCCUGCCAGGGAAUGUAUGAGACCAUGGAGCAGCUGAGGAACUUACCUCAACAGUGCAUGCAGGAAGAGUUCCUCGUGCAUGAGGUAACCAACCUCCCUGUGACAGAGGCUCUGAUAGAGCGUGAAAAUGCAGCCCAGCUAAAGAAGUGGAGAGAGACCCGGGGGGAGUUGCAGUACCGACCGUCCAGGAGGCUCCAUGGCUCAAGGGCUAUCCACGAGGAGCGAAGGCGACAGCAGCCCCCCCUGGGCCCAUCAGCUAGCCUCCUCAGCCUUCCAGGCCUCAAAAGUCGUUCCUCCAGGGGUGGGGCUUCUUCAUCCCCACCGCCUCCUGUUCGAAGAGCCAGUGCUGGCCCUGCCCCAGGCCCUGUGGUCACAGCCGAAGGGCUACAUCCUUCCCUGCCCUCACCAACUGGAAACAGCACACCUCUGGGACAGGUAAAGGAGACCAAGCGUCAAGAGAAGGAGCGGCAGAAGCAGGAGAAGGAGCUUCAGAAGCAGGAGAAAGAGAGGCAGAAACAGGAGAAGGAGAGACAGAAACAGGAGAAGGAACGGGAAAAGGAGAGGCAGAAACAAGAGAAGAAGGCCCAGGGACGGAAGGUGUCCCUUCGACGGAAGGCUGAUGGUUCUGCACCCCCACAAGAUGGAGGGGAUGGGAACUCAGCAGCUGGAGCACGACAGGAUGCUUACUUCUAACCUUCUGUCCCUUCCAUGCUGGGGCUGGGAAGGGCACUGGCUUCCCUUCACCGUGAUGAACUUCAUUGCCUGCCUGCUGCACUCCCUUGACCUCUCAGACCCAGGGAGCCAGCCAUAGGUUUCCUUUCGUUCUACUUGGUCAGUGAUGUUCUCUCCUAGAGAAGGCUGUGUUUCUUCUCGUCUUGGUAUAAGCGGCCAUAUCUCAACAGAAACAGAAUGAGCUAGUGCUGUUUCCCCAGAACCCUCGGCGGGCCUAGUUCCAUCUUCUGGAGCUGGCCCGAUAUUUUCCUCAGCUGUUGCUGGACCAUGUCCCCAAGCCAGCCCCAUUUAGUGGGCUUGAAACCCCAAAUUAAGCAGCAUUUCAUGGGACAAUGUGGAGUGAGCCCUGAAGCCCCCUUUCCUAUUCUACUCAACCAGUGUUCUUCCUUUCCUGACUCCAUUAAGUUUCUCCUUUACCUUACUAAGUUGUUCUUUCCAAGGAACAAUUGAUUUCUCCUUUCCCCCUCUUGCUGAUCUAACCUCUUCACAUAUUCUUCUGGCAUGAGUGGACUUUUGAAGAUGGGCCUUGACUGUUCUUAAAUGUUCACUCUUGGUGGCUCAGCUUCCCAAUUCCACAAGAAGAAAGCUGGGUGAACCUCUCCUCUUCCCUCAAGCCUUAACCAUCUCCCUACAUCUCCCCUCUGUGCCAGACUGGGAGGCAGAGGGGCCUCUCUCUAUAUUAUAUAUAUAUAUAUAUAUGCAUAUAUAUAUAUAUAAUAUAUAUAUCUGAUGUCUCUGCAUUGUAAUUAUGUACACAGGACCCUGGGGGGGGGUUCAAUCUCUACUUCCCCUCUUGCUCUGUUCACUGGUUUAUUUAAGGGGAGUUGACCUGCAGCAGGAAGGGUCUCUCAGCUAGACUGCUUGCCUUUCAGUCCUGUUUCUAGCUCCUUUUCUUCAUAUACUCUUUUCACCACAUCUUCCAGUCUCACACACCCAUCUCAUUCUUCUUAGGCCCUUUCUGAUUUUUUCCAUGAUUUCUUUCCCAUUCUUUCCUGCCUUCUUUUGUUCCUUGAACCUCUUGCUCCCCUUUGGGUUGGGUGUCCUCUCUGUUCUCUAAGGGGGUGGGGGGGCCCUCAUGUUUACAUUCUCUUUCUGCCCCCUCACUUCCCCUACUGCAUUGCCCCGCCCCCCCAACUGUACAGAGCUUUGUGGAACCAGGAAAGAACAAAUCUACUGUCCUGCCCUAUA